GUCAGCGCGCGCCGUUAGGACCAGGCUGUGCGGCUCCCGGAUCGGACCCGAGCCGCCCCGAGAUCUGGCGAUGGAGCUGAUGGAGGGAGACGUUGUGGACAAGCUCGAAGACAUGUCAUCGGUGUACGACUUCGAUCCGAUCACCGGGAACAUCCCAGCAACCAAAGUGGAAAUCACCGUCUCGUGCAGAAACCUGCUGGAUAAAGACACUUUCUCCAAGUCAGACCCAUUGUGUGUGCUCUAUACGCAAGGUGUUGAAACCAAACAGUGGAGAGAGUUUGGAAGAACGGAGGUGAUAGACAACACCCUGAACCCUGACUUUGUUCGAAAGUACAUCUUGGACUACUUUUUUGAGGAGAAGCAGAACCUUCGAUUUGACUUAUAUGAUGUGGACUCUAAAAGCCCUGAUCUGUCCAAACAUGACUUCUUGGGUCAGACCUUCUGUACUCUUGGGGAGAUUGUUGGAUCACCAGCCAGUCGACUGGAGAAAUCACUGGGAGGAAUCCCAGGGAAGAAGUGUGGCACUAUCAUCCUGUCCGCUGAGGAGCUGAGCAAUUGUCGAGACAGUGCCACUAUGCAGUUUUGUGCCAACAAGUUGGACAAGAAGGACUUCUUUGGCAAGUCAGACCCCUUCAUGGUCUUCUACAGAAGCAACGAGGACGGAACAUUCACUAUCUGCCAUAAAACGGAGGUGGUGAAGAACACAUUAAAUCCAGUGUGGCAGCCUUUCACUAUUCCGGUACGAGCGCUCUGCAAUGGGGACUAUGACAGAACAAUCAAGGUGGAGGUGUAUGACUGGGACAGGGAUGGCAGCCAUGACUUCAUCGGGGAUUUCACAACCAGCUACAGAGAGCUAGCUCGAGGGCAAAGCCAGUUCAACGUAUAUGAGGUGAUAAAUACAAAGAAGAAAAUGAAGAAAAAGAAAUAUGUCAACUCUGGAACAGUGACCCUGCUCUCAUUCUCAGUGGAGUCAGAGUUCACAUUUUUAGAUUACAUCAAAGGGGGGACGCAGAUCAAUUUCACUGUGGCCAUCGAUUUUACAGCAUCUAAUGGUAACCCCUCACAGUCCACCUCGCUGCACUACAUGAACCCCUACCAGCUGAACGCCUACGCCAUGGCCCUGAAGGCUGUGGGGGAGAUCAUCCAAGACUACGACAGCGACAAGAUGUUCCCUGCUCUGGGCUUCGGAGCCAAGCUGCCCCCUGAUGGACGUGUUUCACAUGAGUUUCCUCUGAAUGGAAACAUGGAAAACCCAUACUGUAAUGGUAUUGAGGGUAUUUUAGAGGCGUACCAUCAAAGUCUGAAGACAGUGCAGCUGUAUGGGCCCACUAACUUUGCUCCUGUGGUGAACCAUGUUGCCAGGUACGCAGCUGCAGUGCAAGACGGCUCUCAGUACUUUGUGCUCCUCAUCAUCACAGAUGGUGUCAUAUCAGACAUGGCCCAGACCAAAGAGGCCAUCGUAAAUGGUGCCAAACUUCCCAUGUCCAUCAUCAUAGUCGGAGUUGGUCAGGCCGAAUUUGACGCGAUGGUGGAGCUCGAUGGUGAUGACAUCAGGAUCUCGUCCAGGGGGAAACUUGCAGAGAGAGACAUCGUUCAGUUUGUUCCCUUCAGAGAUUAUAUGGACCGGACUGGUAACCAUGUGUUAAGCAUGGCGCGGCUGGCUAAAGACGUGCUAGCAGAGAUCCCUGACCAGUUCAUCUCUUACAUGAAGAGCAGAGGGAUCAAACCGAACCCGGCGCCACCUCCUUACACACCUCCUGGACACACACAUCACCACACACAGAUCUAAAGCCUGCCUUUUAGCUUUUCACCAAGGACUGUUAGCAUGCAGCGGCCAAUCAGAGUCCAGCAGGAACUCUACGUUUCCUGUUUUAUGAUGCAAACAGGAGCUGACACCAGGAAAGAGGUGUUGAUUUCAUGCCGUAUCCUCUCAGUGACUAUUGGAGCAGCAUUUGUAUUUCUUUUCUGUUUAUAUUUGUUUGGCUAAAUUUUCAGAGACUUACAGGUGAAAGCCUUUAAACGACUCUGAGGCAGUGACUGUUUCACGUCUGGUCGGAUAGCAGGUUGGUUCAAUAAGGUCAUGUUGUGGUUGAAACUUGUGCCUGUCUGUGAUUUUAUCUCUAAAUGUAUCAGGACGUAAACGUUGAUCCCAGCGUUGUUCGUCAGUGUGGCCUAAUGCAGUGAUAUUUUUAGGCAUUUUUUCCCUCCUGAAGAGAGUUUUUAUAUUUUGGAAAUCUCGAUAUCUACUGAUAAGUCAGUUCUGAUGGAAGGGAUUGUACAAGUAUGUAGUGUACAGAAAUCAGGCUUUUCAUACACUGAGGUGUCACAGCAUCUCUUCUUUAAUAUGUGAAUGUUUCUUAGAGCAUGUUGAAUGAGAAUGAAAACUUUAUCCCCAUAUCCCAUCAUAGAUAUAUGAAUAUAUUCAUGAAUGUUAUAGAGUGGCAUGGACAUUUAAUAUAUCUGUUAUAAACCAUACAUUUUAAGUGGUCAUCAAUUACUUUCAUGUGUUUGCAUUUAAAAGCACAAAACAACUCGUCUCCAGACCAAGGACAAGAUUCUGAAAAUGCUACCAGGUUAAUCAUAGUCUCAUCAUUUUAAGUGCUGCUUUUUAUUGUUUGUGUUGUAUGUAACCAGCUCAAAAUACAAUGUGGCCCAGGCAUGUUUUGCAGAUUGCAACUAAAUGAUGAACUGCCCCCCUGAUCCAAAUCUUUAAAGCAUGGCAGUACAAGUGAUGUUCUUAUCAUUUCACAUCCAGUUUGACGCAAUUAUAAAUGCUCAGUCUGGAAACAUCAAAACACAUUGUUUGAAUACACUUCACAUAGUAAUGGUGCAGAGUUGGUUUACAUAAAGUAGCUAUAUCUAAUUUCUGAUUCAGAAAAGGUUUAUCUUUGGACAGAAGAAGUCAACUUUGUUUUUGUGGCCAAAUCUGAUGUCAGCAGUGUCUUAGUCUUAUGCUGUGUUAGAAGACUUCAAGAGGAAGAAUUCUGAACAGCAAUUGAGACUUGUCAUAUCCACAGUGCAUUUAAAAAAAACCAAACAAACAAAAAAAAUUAUCAAGAAGUAAUGAAAACAACAAAAUCAGUUGUGGUGGGCUGUAAACUCAUGAGAUGUGUUGUAGUGCACACACAAGGCAACGCCACACAGAACAACCUUCCAGCCACUGUGGCAGGCAAAUAAAAGUAAACUAUAUAUUAGAGACAGACAACUGCUCCGAGAGACCCAUUCUUCAGUAAGUUUCUCUCUGACACUCCAAAGAGCUCAGCAAACCUGAAUACUCGCUGACCAAGGCACCUACUCCUCUUCAUGUCAGUGUUUACAAAGAAAGUAAAAUGCUUCAUAGCAGUCAAGAAAACAUCUCUCCAAGUUUAAUGUAUGCAAAGUGCAGCAGCAGUAAGCCAGUGUGAUCCCUUUGCAGAGAGUUUGUCAGUUUGUCUGGGGCUUUGACAAAAGCUAGGUGCUGGGAUGAAACAACUGAUUUUUAUUUCAGCCUAGCACGGCAGUGCUUUAUAUCUCCAAUACAACAGCAUACUCAACUGCAAAAAGGUGUUUCAGCUUAUAACUCUCUAGUUUAAAGUUCAAGAUGACUUAACAGU